ACUGACCCUUACCUUAUGUGUCCUUUUGUUGGGGUCAAGUUUGUUGAGACCGUGAGAGGGGGAGGUCUUAACAGGAAGUCGGUAACAGAUAUUUUAUCGCGGAUUCUUUUGUCCGAUGAUGGGCUCAGGCUGCGCGGUUAAAACGUACAGAAGUCGAUUUCUGCAGUGAGAAAGUGAAGUCACAGUUUCUCCCUCGGGUUGUUUUUUGGGGGUUACUGCGGGCGGUUUGUGCGGUAACCCCAGAAACAGCGCAACAAGUACUUUUACUUUUCAUGCGCUCAUUUCGCUGCUCGGACGCUUGAAGUUGUGACUUUCAGCAGGAUUUCUCUUUGAGUCCUCAGCUGCCGAUCAGCCAUCGUGACCGUCAGAAAGGGGCAAGGACUUGUGCUGCAUCGGCUCUGUGUGAGGAAACAAACACUCGGAUGAGGGAAGCUGUCCGAUCGACGAAGAAUGGAGUAGAAACACUUUGUUUUCUCGGGCUUUUAAAUGCGCCUUAAGUUUCUCAGCUUAAUAAUGGGCCGAUAGAUCACUUUCCGCAGGAGUUAAAUGUAAAAGCAGCUGCUUGUCGGAGGAAGCGGCUUGGUUUGAUAUUUGCCAUUCAACAAGUCUUUGCGUCCGAGGGAAGGAUGCCAUCCCAACAAACCUGGGCUCAGAUCAUCAUCGCGUCCGCCUCCUUACUCUCGCUGGUCUUGUGCAGCGCGGUGCCCGAUGACCCAGAGGAAGAACAGUUCAGCGCCGAGGCAUGGCUCCGUAAAUUCGGCUACCUGUCUCAAGCCAGCAGGCAGAUGUCCACCAUGCAGUCGGCUCAGAUUAUGUCCAAAGCUAUCAGCGACAUGCAGCGCUUGUAUGGACUGGAGGUGACCGGGAAGGUGGACUCUGCUACGCUCGCGGCCAUGCGGCGGCCUCGUUGUGGCCUCCCUGACAGAACGCCAGAGGAUCUGGUUGACAGGAAGAAGCGCUACGUUCUGACUGGGCAGCGCUGGGACACAGAUCACAUCACCUACAGUAUAAUGGACCAAAACACGCCCCCCUCCCUGGGAGAGGAACGGACGUACGACGCGAUCCGCAAAGCCUUCGGCGUUUGGAGACGAGUCACGCCGCUCACCUUCGAGGAGCUACCACCUGGAAACGGCGUCAACGGCAGCCAGACGAAGCUCGCCGAUAUCCUGCUGCUGUUUGCCUCCGGUUUCCAUGGUGAUAUGUCACUGUUCGAUGGCGAGGGUGGGUCUCUGGCCCACGCCUACUAUCCCGGACCGGGAAUAGGUGGGGACACGCACUUUGAUUCAGAUGAGCCUUGGACACUGGACAACGAAAACCCGAAAGGUAUCGAUCUGUUCCUGGUUGCGGUUCAUGAGCUCGGUCACGCUCUGGGUCUGCAGCAUUCGGAUAACCCCGGAGCCACAAUGGCUCCUUUCUACCAGUGGGUCCACACACAGAACUUCACGCUCCAUGAGGAUGACAUCAGAGGCAUACAGUCCAUAUAUGGUCCUCCCCUCAUCACAGAUGCUUCGCCUACUCCUCCGCUCGCCCCUGACGAUGAACCCAGCGUCGACUCCCCCACCUCCCCUUCUGUCCCAGAAGAAGAGCCCACCACUUAUUCUCCAGCCGAUGCCCCGCGCGUCCCGACGGACGCCGACCCGGAUCCUCCGGCCCAACCCGAACCAAGCCCCGGCCCCACCUCGCCUCCCAUCCUCUCUACCUCCACCACCACCCAAUCCCCGCCCGUGCCAGAACCCGUCACUCCACGGAGAGACAUCCCUCCUCCUCCUCGGCCUCCCAAGCUGCCAGACAACCAGCCCCCUGACAUCUGCGAUGGAGACUUCGAUACAGUGACCAUGCUGAGGGGGGAGAUGUUUGUCUUCAAGGGUCGUUGGUUCUGGCGGGUUCGGAGGAACCGCGUCCUCGAUAAUUACCCCAUGCCGAUAUCUGUAUUCUGGAACGGUCUGCCCAGCGACAUUGACGCAGCGUACGAACGUCACGACGGCAAAUUUGUCUUUUUUAAAGGUACGUCACAGCUGCUUCCACAAAGUGUCGCCCACCUGCUGAGCAGCGACUGUCACUGUGCAUCAAGUAAAGAUGACCCAAAAAUGUCUCCUUCUUCUCGUGCAGCUCACACCUAUUUCUACAAAGGCACCAACUACUGGAGAUUUGACAAUCGCAGAUCCGAAGCAGACAAAGGCUUUCCCCGCUCCAUCCUGAAGGACUUCAUGGGUUGCGUGGGGGUCCCCGACCCGAAGCCCGACGCAGACACCGAGGCGGAAGACAAACCGGUCGAGCCUUCGGACCGAGGCGAAGAUGAGCACAAAGAGCCAGACGGAGGCCGGGACAGCGACGCGAACUCUGAGCGAGAGGAGACCGCCAAGCCUGACAGCGCAGAGGAAGAGGAGGACGUGAACGUGGUCGUGGCUGUGGCUGACAACGAAUCAAAGGUCAUGACCCUGAUUAUGGUGGUCGUUCCCCUGGUGCUCAUCCUGUGCAUCCUCGUCCUAAUCUACGCCAUCCUCAGGACUCUUCAGAACAAAGAGACGCCGAGGGCCUUGGUGCACUGCAAGCGCUCGCUGCAGGACUGGGUGUGACGCUCGAAUCG